AUGGACCAUGUGACGGGUGAUGCAGGAUCUACUGUGCCACUUCCAGAAGGACACGAGGAUGAACCGGUGCCAAAGCUUAUCUGGUACCCGGGGGGUCCUAUAGACGCAUCCCUUUUGAUAGGGUAUGACGAUCAUGCAACCAGGCGUAUAUGGGAUGGAAAGAAUAGGGAUUCGCAGAGGUUCUACAACCACGACCAAAAGAUUGUGGGUCUUGCGCAGACUGACGAGUCGUGGUUCCAGGAUGUACUAGCAUCUUUUGGCCUGAGGGACCUCUGUCAGGUGGGCUACACGACGAUACAUAAUGGGAUGCUGAUGGCAUUUGCAGAGAGAUGA